AUGGCAAAGAUGCAGCCCGCCAGGUUUGCGGCUCCGGCGGGGUGGGGUUGGCAGCAGGCCCACAGGCCCAUGGCGCCAUCAGCCGUUACGAUUGGGCUGGACGUGCCAUUGCCGACCGAGCCUUUCGUUCUAUCUAUCCUCGCCGCCGCCACCGCCGCCGUCUGGUAUCCCCUCGGAGAUUCCCCGUUCCCGCCUCUCCGGCCGCCGCAGGCAAUCAUGUCAGAGAGCGAGUUAGCAGUAAUAAAACCAGAGGCAUUGAAAACUUAUAUCUGGCUUCAGUGCUUUGAUGGCUCCAUACAACAAGUGGAGGAAGAAGUUGCGAUGUUCUGCCCUAUGAUAUGUCGGGAGAUAAUGAAAAAUGGGACAGGGUCAUCUAAGAAUCAUGCUAUAGUUCUACCGGAAAGAGUUAAUCCGGCAAGUUUGAGUUUGAUUCUUGAUUAUUGUCGGUUUCAUCAGGUCCCUGGGCGCUCAAACAAGGAGCGGAAGUCAUUUGAUGAAAAGUUUGUCCGGAUAGACACAGAAAAACUCUGCAAGUUGGCUUCUGCAGCCCUUGGUCUGCAGUUAAGGCCGCUAGUUGAUCUUACUUGUGGAGCGCUUGCUCGAAUCAUCGGAGGAAAGACACCCGAUGAAGUUAGAGAUAUUUUCCAUUUACCAGAUGACUUAACAGAGGAAGAGAAACUAGAGCCACUAAAAAAUAUAAAUGAUGAUCCUACGAUUCGUUUAUUGAACCGAUUGUAUGCAAAGAAGCGGAAAGAACUGCAGGAACGCCAGAAACUAAAGGAUGUUCAAACACAAGAAGAGCAAAAAGAUGAGAGAUCUGUGGAUGAGUUACUUUGUUUUAUAAAUGGAGAUGGAGAUUCCAGAGGUGGGAAAGCUUCUAAGAAUAAGAAAAAGAAUAAAAGAAGGAAAGAUCAAGCUAAGAAUCCCGCAAAAGCGAACUCCGAACCUGUAAAUAAGGAGGGGGCUUCCUGUGUGGUUCCGUGCAAAGCAGAUAGUGGUAACAUUUCUAGGCAUCCUUGCCAAACUCCAAAUUUGCAAGAUGAUAUCGAGUACCCCUUCGACAAUGAUGACCUUGAUGAUGGACUUGAUCCUGCAAUGAGGGAAGAGAUUGAUAGGUGA